CGGUUUCUUUGUAAAUGCUGCCAUUGUAUACAUGCAGCCAGAGCAUCAUUGGUGACAGUGGACUGGAGCUGCGGGGCUAGCGCAUGGUGAAUGGGAACUCUCAACCACACGCUGGCUACCAGGAUGUCACAGGCUGCUUCAGGGAGAGGCUGGCUCAUGACACUACUGUGACUGUUGGAGGUCACAUGAAACUCCAGAGAUAGGCUGGCUCAUGCUGGCUGGUGUGUGACAGUUGGUGGUCGUUGAGCAUCCAUUUUGAGAGGAGUGGCUAGCAGUGAGCAGAAGUGCUGCACUAUUUACCCGGUGCUGACGACUGUUCCCGGUGACCAGAGAGGGAGAGCUAGAGACGGAGGGCAGCUGUGAGUCUUUCCCCAGUGAGCAGCAAGUGGAGAGUCUGCAGCCGGAGAGGCGGCAUGGAAGGUGGCCCCAGCUUGGAGUGGCAGCCGAAGAGGGGUGAGCCAGCUGCAGCACUGACCAGGCUGUAAAUCCCUAAUUACUGCAAUACUAACAUCUCCAGGGGAAUUAGAGCAGAGCUUCCCCAAAAGUUAGUUCAUGACACCCCAGCAGCUUCAUCAGACCUAAAUCCUGCAUUUGCCCCUGUAAUCUACCCGUGUGACUGCGUGUGGUGACCAGGAGACAGCCAGAGCCAUGUCCCGGGACCCUGAAGCCGUGGCCAAGAUCACAGAGAAUACCUACAAGAAAGACGGAUCACCAAUGAAACAACCAAGACAUGGCACCAACUUUCACAGCCUGGCAAGGGAUGUGGAACAAGAGAGGACUGAACAAUCAGAUGAGGAGAAAACAGUACUUCAUGAGAAAACCAACCUAUUGGGUGAAACCAGUAGACGAGAAGAAUUGUUAAUGGGAAUGACAUCAGAAUGUAAAGGUGAAAUGUGGAGAAAGGUGAAAGCGGAGUUCCUUGAGCAGAAGCGGAGCGCAUUUACAGAAGUUUAUAGAACAAAGCACAUCGGUGACAGGCGGAUAGACUUCUCAGGCAGUGCCUUCUCACCUGUGCCUGGCAGACUUGGGAAUAAAAUAAACACAGUAUUCAAAUCUGGAAAGAGUUUCAGGGUCACUGCCCCAACUAAUUUUGUAAUGCCAUGUGAAUUUUUGACAUUACAUAGUUCUGUGACAGUCCUACCCCUUCCAGAAGUUAGGCCAAAAUCUGAAUCUCCUCACUCACCCCAGGUACUCCCACCAACCCUCACAAGCCUUGGGUCUACAGCCCAAAUCUGGUGUGCCAAAUGCAAACUCUCCUUCCGCAUGACUUCAGACCUGGUCCUCCACAUGAGAUCACGUCAUAAGGAGACAGGAUUUGAAACCCAGGGUAAGAGACGAAGAGAGCUACAGCUAUCAUGCCCGGUUUGCUACGCCUACUUUAGGGAGCGCCAUCACUUGUCUCGCCACAUGACCUCUCACUGCUGACUUGUAUGCUGGACAAAGAAGCCAAUGACUGCACCAUGUAUAUUCGUAGAAGGGACUUCUAUACAGAUAUGGCCUUCAAUAAUUACUGUCAGCUGACUUUGACUGAACAUGAUUGGAAUAAUGUAUAAAAAUACGGCUUACACAUAGCUGACCACUAUGAAAGUUGAUAUUGUACGAUGAGACCAUGGAGUUAUUUGUGUUUGUUUUUGUUGUUGUUUU